AACAUCGGGUCCAGGCUGUGGCCGGUUGUGGGCAGCAGAGAGGACGGAGGGAUGGUGAACACGGGCAUGCAGCUAAUCAGCUUCACCUGCGCCGUGACCGGAUGGAUUAUGGCCAUCGCUGUGACAGCGCUGCCCCAGUGGAAGGUGACCGCCUUCAUCGGCAGCAACAUUCUCACGUCGGAGAUCGUGUGGCAGGGCAUCUGGAUGAACUGCAUCUAUCAGACUACAGGCCACAUGCAGUGUAAAACUUACGAUUCCAUGUUGGCCCUCCCGCCAGACAUACAGGCUGCCCGGGCCCUGAUGUGCGUGGCCAUCUUCCUGGGCUGGCUCUCAUGCACUGUGUCCUGCUGUGGCAUGAAGUGCACCACCUGUGCCGCCGACGACCGCCAUGCCAAAGCUGGCAUAGCUCUCUCCGGCGGCGUGCUCUUCAUCCUCACGGGCCUGUGCGUGCUGGUGCCCGUCUCCUGGACCGCCAACACGGUGGUGCAGGACUUCUACAACCCCAACGUGCCCGUCGUGCACAAGCGGGAGCUGGGCCAGGCCAUCUACCUGGGCUGGGCAUCCGCGGUCAUCCUCAUGAUCAGUGGGGCGGUGCUGAGCAGUACCUGUCCCCACAUCGAGGGGGGGGGAGGCUACCAGCGUGGAUACAUAACCCGGAGUUUCACCACCACUCGGCCCUCGGCGCCCGACCCGCCAAAACCCAUCACCAGCAACAGCUUGCCCCUCAAGGAGUACGUCUAAUAAGAAGGAAUGUAAGUGACGGUGAGGGGCUUCAGCAAGGAUGGUUGAUAGUUGGAUUACAGUAUGUAGGGUUAAUGAUGAGAGCACUUUGUAAUAUAAGCUUUGGAAGGUGUAAAUCAAGUAUUAAGGGCAUUUAAAGACCUACUCGAAUGAGUCAAUUCUGGUGGUCUGCGACCUCUAUUUUUUUCUCCCUUUCAGUUUUGAAAUAAGCAUGAUGCAUAGAAAUGCAGUUUCUCUUUUAGUAUUUAUUUAAAUUACUUCAGUUUGUCUUGGUGUUUGUAUUGUUUCAACCGUGUAUUGCCAUGGGUUUUCAGUGUUUUUUUAAUAUUGGCAUUACUGAGUUUUCUGGGUGUGCA